CAACACGGAUGUUCAAUUGAAAUGCAAUUUCUGGAAUUUUGAAUGCGAAUAUGCUAACAGAUGGCAAUGGAAAACUUGCAGUAGAGGAAAUCUCUGCGACGACCUAUGCAGAGUUUCUGCAAGGGCACGAGGGUAUCCUGCGCGACGAGGUGACCAUGCUGGGCUUCAAGGCGGCCAUCGAAGCCAACGCGGAGCUCUUUCGUCAGGCCACGGUGCUCGAGGUGGGCUGCGGCAGUGGCUGUCUCUCCCUGUGGGCAGCCCAGCAGGGCGCGGCCAAGGUCAUUGCCGUGGAGUCGAGCGCCGUCUGCCAAGUGGCGCGUCAGCUGGUGCGCCACAAUCGGUUGGAGCACGUGAUCGAGGUGAUCCAGGGAAAUGUGCAGCAGCUGCAGCUGCCCCCCGUCGACAUCAUCGUCUCCAAGUGGAUGGGCGCCUGUCUGAUGUACAGCUCCACCCUGGAGGCUGUGAUCUAUGCCCGGGACAAGUGGCUCAAGCCGGGCGGCCGCAUCUUCCCGCAGCUGGCCAAUCUCUAUAUGGCCAUAGCCGAGCAACCCGAGAAGCAGCCAUCUAUGUCAGACUAUUGGACCCGUUACUCCGGCCUGGAUUUGCAUCUGGCCUGGCGCAUCGUCCAGCAAACACCUGUCAUCGAUUGCCUGGACGCCACCCAGGUGCUCACCCAACGGCAGCUGCUGCGCCGCUUCGACCUGAGCACGCUCAGCCUCCACGAGCUGAGCUUCACUGUGCCCUUCCGGCUGUUCAGCUUGCGCCAGUCCCUGGCCAAAUGGUUUCUGCUCUACUUUGACUUUCAGUUCCCCAAGCUGAAGCCAAUCACCACGAGCCCGAAUGCCCCGCCCACCCAAUGGAAGCAGACGCUCUUCCACAUCGACGCCCAUCUGCCGCUCUGCAUUCGAGAUUCUGUGAAGGGCCAAUUCCAGGUGAAACGCGCCCUACGUCACCUGGACUUUGACAUCGAUUGGAGCUUCCAGAACAAACUAGUUCACAUUCCCAUGCAUAAACAAAUCUAUCGCAUGCAGGGCAAACCGAAUGAUAUAUAGCCGAUAUUGGAUAUCGAGA